AUGGUUGCUGUAUGCGAUGCCUGCGGUGGAGGUGCAGAAGCACAAGUUCUCGACAACAUUGUCCACUAUGCGUCGGCUGAUCUUACAACAGUUUUGAUGGCCAAGUACAACAUUGACCGACACGAUCACUUGCGCCAAGCUGAAGAGCUUGCGCAUUUGCACAGUCUGUUGAGCUUGAGAACAAAACCGGAAGGACGUUGGGACGCGAAAAAGGAACGUCCAAAAGAGCGCCAAGACGACGGCGAGGUGGUUCUUGCUGUUAUUGACGACGGCGACAAAGUGAAAGACGACUGGAUACUCGACAGCGGUGCCAGUCGACACCUGGUGAAAGACGAUCGCCUGCUGAUCGAAGCAGAGAUUUGCAACGAUGUAGUCUCGCUAGCUGAUAACGAGAAGGUCGGUCUGUCCACGGUCGAUAGUGUGAGACUCUCCGUGGUUGUCAAUGGAAAAGAAAAAACAGUCAAACUCACGGACGUCUACUAUUCACCGAGUCUGGCCCGCAACAUCAUCAACUAUGUCAAGCUUGAUCAAAAGGGACACAGUCUUGAGUAUUCUAAUGGCAAGCGAUCAGGAGCUCGACGGAGUGAUGACCAAGUCUCGUUCGACGUGACGAUGGAGAAUAGUGUGCUAAACGUCGAGACAGUAAAAAGAGUAUACGCAAAAAGGAGAAAGCGGAUGUUAUAA